AUGGAACAGGCGAACCAGACCCAGACCACAGUAAAGGAGUUCUUCAUUGUGAACUUCCCAGGGCUCGACUUUCAGUACUAUAAGCUGAUGGGCGCGAUCUUCUUCCUGAUCUACAUGACCACCGUGGUGGGGAACUCCCUCCUGGUGGCGCUGUUCUUCAUCGAGCGCCAGCUCCAGAAGCCCAUGUACAUCAUCAUGCUGAGCCUGGCCCUGUCCGACAUCGGCUUCUGCACCGUAGCCCUGCCCAAAGCCAUCGGCCGCUACUGGCUAGACGAUGGCGCCAUCCCCUUCCACGUCUGCUUCUUCCAGUACUUUCUGAUCCACUAUUUUGGGACGCUCAACUCGCUGAUCCUGCUGGCCAUGUCGCUGGACCGCUACCUGGCCAUUUGCUUCCCUCUGCGCUACCCGACGCUCAUGACCAACCGCACCAUGGGGGCGCUAACCGGCUUCUCCUGGGUGUCUGCCGCGGUGUCCCCAGGCAUCUCCGUCGGCAUCACUGCCCGGAUGCCUUUCUGCGGGCCCAACCGGAUCGUCCACUGCUACUGCGACAGCGUGUCCACCACCUCCCUGGUGUGCGCUGACACACGGCAGGUCUCCAGUCUGUCUGUGGCCCUGGCCAUGUUCGUGCUCCUGGUGCCACUCAUCUUGAUCUUAUCAUCUUACAUCAGCAUCAUCGUGGCGGUGCUGAAGAUAGCCGACGCCCAGGGCCGCUACAAAGCCUUCUCCACCUGUGCUACACAGGUGUGCAUCAUCAGCAUAUACUACCUGCCCCGCUUUGGAGUCUACCUGAGCUCCCUAGUCUCCUUCGUAAAGAUCAGCCCAGAUUUGCGGAUCAGUCUCACACUCUUCUAUAGCCUGUUCCCCCCUUAA